AUGCGGCACGGCGCGCGGUCGUCGGGCACGUUCUCGGCGUCAUGGAACGUGUGGAUCAUGGUCACCAUCGCCGUCGUCCUCGUCUUCUUCGGCGCGUGGGCCAUCUUCUCCCCCACCAACAACGCAGCUGUGGAGGCAUUGGCGGAGGAGGGGGUGGAUGACGUGGUGGGCAUAAGCAGUCGGUCCCCACGGUUGACAACAGCACACACUGCCGUGGAGGCAUUGGCGGAGGAGGAGGUGGAGGACGUGGCCGUGGAGGCAUUGGCGGAGGAGGAGGUGGAGGACGUGGUGGGCGAGUCAGAGCAGCGGCUGGAAGCUGAUGUGAAAGUGGCGGAGGCGAUUCAGAGGGCCAAGAACCGAGCCAAGCCCAAGGACGUGGCAGUGGAGGCAGAGUCGAGCAGCGGGCUGGCAGAAGAGACGGGCGCUGAAGGUGCAGGGGAGGAGGACGAACAGGGGGUUGAAGUGGCGGGAGGCGAGGAGGGGGGGAGUGAGGAAGGGGGAGGUGAAGAGGGGGGAGGGAAGGAAGCGGGGAAGGGAGGGGAGGAGGAGGAGGGAGGGGGGGAAGAGGAGGAGGGCGCUGUUGCUGGAAGGGGAGGGAAGGGGGGAAGGGGAGGAGGUGGAGGGAAGGAGAGCGCUGAAGAGGGGAGUGAGGAGGAAGGGGAGGAGGAGGGAGGUGGAGGAGGAGUAAAGAAGGGAGGAGGAGGCAACAGCCUAAGCCAAGUCGCCUCCCUCAUCCUUCGUUACCCCAAGUUCGAUCUCCCUUCCCUUUGCUCCCUCCCCUCCUGCCCUGUGCCGACCCAGCAUCUGAAGAAGCAGCGCUCAGAGGAGUGCGGUGGAAGCAGCGUGGGACUCGGAGGACACAGCGCAGCAGCAGACCCCAACGUACUGGCAGCAGACCUGCGCACAGAGAGCAGCAGCUCGAAGUUUCCCCUUUUGUUCUUUCUUUCUAUCCCUCUCCCUUAUCCCAACCUCUCCUUCUCUGCCCCUGCUCAGUUUUUCUCUGCUGACCUGGCAGCGGUGGAAGCAGCGUGGGACUCGGAGGAUGCAGCAGCAGCGGACCCCAACGUGCCAGCAGCAGACCUGCGCACAGAGAGCACGAGCUCUGAGGCAGGCAGUGGGCUCGAGACGCAGGCACGGGAGUCGGAGGAGGAAGCGAGGCUGGACAUUCGUGAAGCUGCCACCAAGAAGCAGGACAGCAAGCAGACGGAGGACGACUUUGGGGAGGUGGAGGGGGGAGCGUCGAUCAUCCAGAACAGUCCCGAGAGCAAAGACCCACCGCUCAUGGCAGGGCCGGUGGGGCAGGGCACAGGGGAGGAAGGGGGCGGCGCUCUGCCCUCCCUUGACCUCGAAAACGCCAAGUUCCGGUGGCCGUCGUGCGGUGGUAACCGCACGGACUGGGUGCCAUGUCUGGACAAUGAGAAGGCGAUCAAGGCGCUGAGGACGAACAAGCACUAUGAGCACCGCGAGAGGCACUGCCCCGUGCCUGGGGAGGUGGAGAAGUGUUUGGUGCCGCUGCCUGAAGGGUACAAGGCGCAUGUGCCGUGGCCCGAGAGGACCAGGCACUGCCCUGUUCCUGGGGAGGUGGAGAAGUGCCUGGUGCCGCUGCCUGAAGGGUACAAGGCUCAUGUGCCGUGGCCCGAGAGCAGAGACCAGCACUAUGAGCACCGGGAGAGGCACUCCCCCGUGCCUGGGGAGAUGGGGAAAUGCCUGGUGCCGCUGCCUGAGGGGUACAAGGCGCAUGUGCCGUGGCCUGAGAGCAGAGACCAGGUCUGGUACAACAACGUGCCUCACCCGGGCCUGGCGAGCUACAAGAAGGAUCAGAACUGGGUGGCUAUGGAAGGCGACAAGCUUGUGUUCCCGGGGGGCGGCACGCAGUUUACUCAUGGAGCCACGGGGUACAUCAACUUCGUUCAAAAGGCCUUUGCUGACGUGGCGUGGGGCAGGCGAGUGCGCGUGAUGCUGGACAUGGGCUGUGGCGUGGCGAGCCUGUCAGCGUACCUGGACCCGUUUGACGUGAGGGUCAUCUCCAUGGCGCCUAAAGACGAGCACGAGGCGCAGAUUCAACUGGCUUUGGAGAGAGGGGUGCUGGCGGUGGUGGGGGUGAUGGGUACGCAACGCCUGCCCUUCUCCUCCAACUCCUUUGAUGCCGUGCACUGCGCUCGCUGCCACGUGCCGUGGCACAUCGAUGGUGGCAUGCUGCUAUUGGAGCUGAACCGAGUGCUGCGACCAGGGGGCUUCUUCAUCUGGUCUGCCACGCCUGUGUACCGCCACAAGGGGGAUGACGAGGAGAUCUGGAAUGCAAUGACUGAUUUAGCUGAGCGCAUGUGCUGGACGCUGAAGGUGCGGGAGAAGGAGGAUGGGCUGGACAACGUGGGCGUGGCCGUGUGGCAGAAGCCUUCUGACAACCGCUGCUACAGCGAACGUGGGGCGGGGACCCCGCCUCCCAUGUGUGAAUCGGAGGACAAUCCUGAUGCUGCUUGGUAUGUGCCCAUGAAGGCGUGUCUGAAUCCUGUCCCGGCGUUCAAAGGCAUGCGGGCGGCGCAGUGGCCGGCCAUGGGCAGGGCGAGGCUGAGAGCCGUGCCUGUGUGGCUGCAGAUGCUCAAACGAGGGGUGUUUGGCGGCCCUGCUGUGGCUGAGAUGAAACGCGACCAGAUCCACUGGAAGAAGGUGGUUGCGUUCUACGAUGCGUCGUUUGGCAUCGACUGGAGCACCGUGCGGAACGUGAUGGACAUGAACGCACACUAUGGCGGAUUUGCAGCAGAGCUAGCAAUUUCAAAGAAGCCCCUGUGGGUGCUCAACGUGGUGCCUACGAGUGGGCCCGACUCGCUGCCGAUCGUGUUUGAGCGAGGGCUGGUGGGGAUCUACCACGACUGGUGUGAGGCCUUCAACUCGUACCCGCGCUCCUACGGCCUGCUUCACGCUGAUCACACGGUCUCACAGGAGGUUGGCAGGUGUGACAUCACCGCUGUCCUACUCGAGAUGGACCGUCUGCUCCGCCCUGAGGGCUGGGCAGUGUUCCGCGACCAUGCGCGCAUGGGGGGGUCUAUUCUCAACAUCGCAGCCUCCUUCCACUGGCGCCUCAAGUUCAACCAGACCGAGGGCGGAGAGGCUCGCAGCGCCACGAGACGAAUUCGUGUUAGGGCCGCGGGUAUUGAUAUCGAGCCGCGUGCGUUCAAGUGGGAGGAAACCAUGAAGAACUGUCAGAUUAUUCUGGGAUCGUCAUCACAAAGCCAGCAGCAGGUGCUGCGGGAAAUAGGCGUGCCAUUUGAGAUCAUGGUGGUUGCUUUCAUCACACUAACGGUUGCAAACGGGGAUGCUUGA